CUGGAGCCCUUAACGGAGACUAGAAGCAGAGAGGAUCGAGCUCUCGAACUCCUCUGUCUCAGCAGACACUGACAGCAGCCUGAGCAACACAGAUGAUGACAGUCAUCAAUCAAGAGGGAAGUGCAGGAGAAGAACAUAUUGGGAGGUAUGCAGCAGCCAAUCACAAUUCAUGUUACAGGCGGGCCCUGAGGACAAAGUACCAGCCCACAGACAGCAAUUCUCACUCACACUCCGGGGAUCUGCUGGUAACGCUGCACGCUGCUGAGACAUGGGGGCUCUGAUGAGAGGAAUUAUACUGUACAGCCUCAUACUGGGGGCUCUGGCUGCAGGACAGGAGGAGGACAGGCCCCUGGUGGUCACACAGUACGGGAAGCUCAGAGGGAAGACGGUAGCGGUGAAGGAGACGGACAGAACCGUGCACGCUUUCCAUGGCAUCCCAUUUGCAAAGCCACCAGUUGGUCCAUUAAGACUUGCAAGCCCAGAACCCCCGGAGCCCUGGGGCUCUGUCCGAGAGGCCACAGAACAACCCCCCAUGUGUCUGCAGAAUGUAAAGAUAGUAGAAGAAUUAAUAAAGAUUAUUACGGUCGGAAUUAUAUUACCGCCAUUGUCCGAGGACUGUCUGUACCUGAAUAUCUUCUCUCCAGCUGACCGAGAGCAGAACGCGAGAUUACCUGUGAUGGUGUUUAUACAUGGAGGUGGCUUGACGAUGGGAGCUGCGCUGAUGUUUGAGGGCUUUGCAUUAAGCGCCUAUGAAAAUGUUGUUGUUGUCUCCAUCCAGUAUCGGCUGGGGCUCAUGGGUUUCCUCAGUUCUGGCGAUGAGCAGUUACCGGGAAACUACGGAUUCUUGGAUCAGGUGCAGGCGCUCCGGUGGGUUCAGGGGAACAUCGUGGAUUUUGGAGGAGACCCCAACUCUGUCACUAUAUUUGGGAUGUCUUCUGGAGGAGUCAGUGUCUCUGCCCUGGUGAUAUCUCCCUUAGCCAAAGGCUUAUUCCACAGAGCCAUUGCAGAGAGCGGAGUAGCCCUCAUGCCAGGAUUAAUUGCCAACUCUGACGAGGAAGUUAUUUCGGUCAGAAAUGUAGUUGCGAAUAUGUCCGGCUGUGACCAGAACAAGAUACUGGACUGUUUCAUGGCAAAAACUGAAGAGGAGAUCAUCGCUAUAGGUUCCAGCCUGAUUGGGUCGGCUUAUCCCAUAUUCUAA